UUGUACAUAAUGUUCAAUAUCUUAAAUUAGGUUAAAAGAUGGAUUAAUCUACUGUUGUAUAUUUCAAAUUAUGCAGUCAACAGAUAUUAAAAAAAUUAUCUUUAAUCAAUAUGAAAAUAAGGAAGUUAUUUGCUACUGUUGGAGUGGGAUUUAUUUUGACUUGUUGUAUUAUGAUUUAUGUUAUGCUUGAUAUAACUCUUUUUCCACAAAGCCGCGGAUCAAAGACUAAUAUUAAGGAUAAUCAAUGGCUUCAUUUUGAAACUAGAUUAGCAAAACUUGAAGAAGAUUGGAAUCGACAUCAUAGUGCUCUGAAUGCUUUACAAGUAGCUGCCAAAAGAAAAAUUAGACCAUCAUUUGAUGAAAAGAAUUAUAAUGUAAAUUUAUUAUUAAAUUAUAUAACAGAAAAACCUGUAAUAUGUUCUUUGAAUUUUAAGCAAAUACCAGAUGUUGAUAUUCAAAUGCUUAAUAUUUAUAAGCAAUUAAAAUUUGAUAAUCCUGAUGGUGGAGUCUGGAAACAAGGUUGGAAUAUUGAAUAUGAUGAGAAACAAUGGCAUCCAAAUAGGAAGUUAAAAGUUUUCAUUGUACCUCAUUCUCAUAAUGAUCCAGGAUGGUUAAAUACUUUUGAAAAGUAUUAUACAUAUCAUACUCAAGGGAUACUAAAUAAUUUAGUAACUAAAUUAUCUGAAGAUAGAAGAAGAAAGUUUAUUUGGGCAGAAAUAUCAUUUUUUAAACUUUGGUGGGAUGAUCAAUCACAGUCAACAAGAGAUGUUGUUAAAAGAUUAGUACAUGAAGGACAAUUAGAAAUUGUUGCAGGUGGUUAUGUUAUGCCUGAUGAAUCAGUUUCACAUUGGAUGUCUCAGCUUAUUCAAUUAACUGAAGGCCAUCAAUGGUUAAAAUCAAAUCUGGAUUACAUUCCAAAUACUGGUUGGGCUAUCGACCCUUUUGGACUUUCUCCAACUAUGCCAUAUUUAUUGAAAGGUGCUGGUUUACAAAAUGUUGUUAUACAACGUGUUCACUAUUCAAUCAAAAAGAAACUGGCUCAAAAUAAAUAUUUAGAAUUUCGAUGGCGGCAGUUAUGGGAUAUCGAUGGAUCUACAGAAAUUUUUACUCAUAUGAUGCCCUUCUAUAGUUAUGAUAUUCCUCAUACAUGUGGACCAGACCCAAAAAUAUGUUGUCAGUUUGAUUUUUAUCGUCUUCCAAGUUUUGGGUUUAGUUGUCCCUGGAAAAUCCCUCCAAAAGCUAUUACAAAGUCUAAUGUAGGUGAAAGAGCUGCUAUGCUUCUAGAUCAAUAUCGUAAAAAAGCUCAACUCUUCAAAUCCAAUGUUGUAUUAGUACCUUUAGGUGAUGAUUUUCGAUAUUCACACUUAUCUGAAUGGGAUGCUCAGUUUACAAAUUAUCAAAAACUUUUUGAUUAUAUGAAUAAAGAUCAACAAAUGAAUAUACAAAUUCAAUUUGGAACCUUAACUGACUAUUUUGAAACUCUUAGAAAUCAAAAGAAUUUGGAGGAUUAUCCUAGUUUAAGUGGAGACUUUUUUACUUAUUCAGAUAGGGAUGAUCAUUACUGGAGCGGAUAUUAUACAUCUAGACCUUUUCAUAAAAGACUUGACCGAAUUCUUUUAGGAGCAUUGAGAAGUUCUGAACUUUUAAAUACAAUUGCGUGGAUGAGGGGUAGUGAUCAUUUAAUAGAAGAAAAACUUGCAAGUCGAUUGAAUAUUGCAAGACGUUGGCAUUCCAUAUUUCAACAUCAUGAUGGUAUUACUGGAACUGCUAGAGAUCAAGUUGUUAUUGAUUAUGCUCAAAAAAUGACAGUUGCAUUAAAUCAUUCAGCUCAUAUCCUUCAACAAUCUAUUGUACAUUUACUGAGAAGUUCAAAAAAAACAAAUAUUGAUCUAGAAGCUAUUUAUUUAACUUUGGAUGAAUCAAGAUCACAUCACACAAACCCUGAAAAUAAAUAUAUACUUUCAUUUGGUGAUGAAAUAACUUCAAAAAAGAUUUUAUUCUACAAUUCACUUCCUCGAUCUAGAAAAAAAGUAAUAAGCAUAUAUGUAUCAACACCUUACGUACGAGUUACUGAUAAAAUGGGUCAUCCAAUUCAAUGUCAAAUUUCACCAGUAUGGGUUAGUUCAGCAGUUAUUUCUUCAGUAAAAUAUGAACUAUCUUUUUUAGUUACUGUAUUUGCUUUUGGCUUAACCACAUAUAUAGUUCAUACUUUACAUGAUACUGUUUUACCAAAUGAAGUGUAUUUGGCUAAUGUCACAGUCUAUAAUUUGGCUAUUCCACUCUCAGCAGUACCUGGUUUUAAUAAUGUACAAAUAUAUCCUAUUAUACAAGAGUUUUCGAUCAGUCAACAAUUAGAAUUGUCUGCCACCUUUGGAAAGACAGGGUUAUUAAAAGCUUUGCGAGUAAACAAUUCUACUUUUCCAGUGCAUUUGGAAUUUGUUAAAUAUGGAACACGAGGUGCUGGUCAAGACAAGAGUGGAGCCUACUUAUUUUUGCCUGACAAAUCAGAUCCAGAUCCACUAUUCACUGGAAAUAAUAGAAUAGUCCAUUUAGUUACUGGACCUGUUUUGUCAAGAGUUUUUACAGACUUACCAUUUGUUAAACAUAUAUGUACUCUUUAUAAUUCAAUGGGAAGUGAUGGACUUGGUUUACACAUAAUAAACGAAAUUGAUAUUACGGAAACUCAAAAUUUAGAAUUAGCAAUGAAAAUUAAUACUGAUAUUGUUUCUGCAGAUGUCUUUUAUACUGAUUUAAAUGGUUUAAAUAUGAUUAAACGUCAAAGGUUUCCAAAAAUUCCAACUCAAGGAAAUUAUUAUCCUUUAGCAACUAGUGGUUAUAUUGAGGAUAAACGUGUUAGAAUGACUGUUGUAACAGGACAACCUCUGGGAGCUACUUCAAUGUCUUCAGGACAAUUUGAAAUAAUGCAAGAUCGAAGAUUGCUUCAAGAUGACAAUCGUGGCUUAGGCCAAGGCGUGACUGAUAAUUUAUUGACAUUCAAUCGAUUUACAUUGAUAUUUGAAAAGUAUCAAGAAUCUUGUUUACAAUCAGUUCCUUCAAUUGAACAUCCAGCAGGUCUUUUGUCACUCGCUGGCCAUUUAGCAUUGGAUGACUUGCUCCAUCCUAUUAUUGCUUUACAUCCUCAAUCCAUGACACCACUUGAUCUGAAACCGAGUUUUUCACCACUUAUUUCGGAUCUUCCUGUAGAUUUGAAUGUCGCCAGUUUACGUGUAAUACCAAUUCCAGAUGGAGCUGGAAAAGGUGUAGGUAUGGUAUUGCAUAGACAGGCUUUAAAUCUUUGCUGGGGUGAUCCUUUAAUUCAGAAGCGUUUCUUCGUGUCGAAGACUGGCAGGAUUGAUUUAAGAAAAUUUUUUAAUAAUUUCCAUGAUUGGACUAUUAAUGAUACACCUUUAACUUUUACUAAUGUAAAGUCUUCUCGAAAAUCACCUAUAGUUAAUUUAUGCCCUCAUCAAUUACUAUCACUAUUAUUUCACAAGACAGAAUCUUAAAAUAUAACUUAAAUUAAAUUCUUACCCUAAAAUUUAAUUAUUUAAUUAAAGAUUUCAGCAAAUUUUAAGAUUUUAGUACAAUUGUCAUUUUGUGUUAAACAAAUGAAUACAGUU